UCUUUUCACCCUCUUAAGUCUUAAGAUUCACACACGAAAAAAAAAAAGUUUAUUAAUUAACACAAAAGCAAAGCAAAGAACCCAACAACCCAACCAUAACAACAAAGAACAAAUCCACUCUUUACAAACAUGUAUACGUCAGCAAACACAAAUAGUUAUUCUCUGUCAUAGUGGAGUAAGUCUCAAGUAAUCUCCUCUUCUCUCUGUGAUGUAAGGACAAAUCAAUGGAGGUUCAAGAACAACAUACCCGGAAUGGGCGACCCAAUUUUUUUUUCUUUUUCAUGUUCAUCUUUCUCUUUGGUCUUGCCGCGUUCGUCCUGUGCCUUUCGGCUGAGUUUCAGAAGGCUAAGGGGAAAGAUCUGAAAUGGGACGGAGAAUCAUGUUAUUUACCCGAAAAUCAUGCUUUCGGGUUUGGGAUCGCUGCUUUGGUCUGUGUUUCCGUUGCUCAGAUCGUCGGAAACGUUGUGGUAUGUAGAGGUUUCUUGAAAACGGUCAAAACCGGAACUACACCGCUUUGUAUAAUUCUUCUGUUGAUUUCUUGGGUUAAUUUUGCGGUUGCGGUUACGUUGAUAUGCGGUGGUGCAAGCAUGAACAGAGAGCAGAGAUACGGCAAAGGGUGGCUAAACCGUGAGUGUUACCUUGUAAAAGACGGAGUGUUCGCAGGGUCUGGCGUUUUGUGCGUUACAACGCUGGUUGCUAUUCUCGGAGCGUUUGCGUCUAAAGCCAAGCCAUCAGUACCGGGUGAGACUCAAGACAAACGUCACACCCAGAAUGUGUAGUAUUUUUUUUUUUAAUCCCUCUCAAAAUUAAUUAGAAAGCAAAGAAACUUGAUCUAAUUGAUAAACAAACUCAAAGAUACUAUUUCAUUUUUUGUUUUUAUUUUGUGUAACCUUAGAAGUUCCAAAACUUUCUCAUCAAUCCCUUCCAACGGGAGAUC